CUACUACCGGAGAGAGAAGUUGCGGCUAUCAUCGACUCAUCGUUCGCGUAAAAGGCGCAGCGCUGCUUCCACUCGUAGUCUGCACGUAACUCUAUUCGCAGGUUGUUAAACUUUAUGAUAAAUUGCCGCUAUUUCUGUAGAUACCUAUAUUCCAACAUCUGAAAGCACGGAGCCGGAGCCAGAGCCAUGGAGGAUCGUAGCGUUAUCGGUGAAUUUUACGCCGGCAAAACAGUGUUAAUUACCGGAGCAACCGGUUUAAUUGGAAAAGUUCUCAUAUGGAAGCUAUUAUACAGUUGCCCGAAUAUCGACAAGAUAUACAUAUUAGUUCGGCCAAAACGUGGCAAACAAGUGCAACAGAGAGUCGACGAAAUACUUCAAGUUCCGAUAUUCAAAAAUUUCAAAGAUGAAAAUCCGGCCGCGUUGAAGAAAGUAAUCGGCGUCGAAGGCGACAUAAGUGAAAAAAAAUUAGGAUUGUCGGUAUCCAGCGAAGAGAAACUAUGCCGAGAGGUACAAAUUGUCUAUCAUAUCGCCGCUAUGUUGAAACUAGAUGCUGAGUUGAAAGAUGCCGUUGUUAUGAAUGUAGAAGGAACGCUGCAAUUGUUGAAUUUAGCUACCAAGAUGGAAAAACUCGUGGCUUUCGUUCACACAUCUACCGCAUAUUGCCACUGUGAUAUUCCUUUAAUGGAAGAAAAAGUGUACCCGACUGAAGAAAGCCCUUACGAUGUCAUCAACAUGGUGCAUUGGAUGAAACCCGAAAUUCUGGAAUCGAUUACAAAAAAGAUGAUAAAACCUCACCCGAAUACAUACACUUACACGAAACGAUUGGCUGAAAAAAUUGUAUCAGAUUUUCAUCCAAGGUUACCAGUAACAAUAGGAAGGCCUUCGAUAGUUAUUCCAGCUUGGGAAGAACCGAUUCCUGGUUGGGUAGAUAAUUUGAAUGGUCCAACUGGACUGAUGAUUGCAGCUGGCAAAGGAGUGAUAAGAACAAUGUUAGCAGACCCUGAAUAUUUAGCUGAUUUAAACCCUGUCGACGUCGUGUGUAAUGGAUUAAUUGCAGCUUCGUGGAAAACUGCUACUGAUACGCUGAGAACCAAAGAAAUACCAGUCUACAACUUGACUCAGGCUGAAAUAGAACCAGUUAAAUGGGGAGACGUUCUGGAUUUAGGAAGAGAAGUAAUAGCAGAUUAUCCGUUCGAGAUUGUGCUGUGGUAUCCAGGAGGAGGAUUUCAUAAGAAUGAAUUACAGCACAACAUUCUGGCUCUAUUAUUCCAUUGGAUUCCGGCAUAUUUCAUUGAUUUUCUCAUGUUUCUAUUAGGAAGAAAACGAUUCAUGGUUAAUGCGCAACUAAGAAUAUAUCACGGUCAAAAACUGCUACAGUAUUUCACCACCAGAGAAUGGAGAUUCGCCAAGGAUAAUCUUCUAAAACUAAGAGACUCGUUAUCUCCAGUCGAUAAAAAAACUUAUAAACUAACUGGGAAAAACUUAGAUCGACUGAAGUACAUGAUAAAUGCAACUUUGGUAACGAGACAUUAUCUAGUUAAAGACGAUCCGAAUAGCAUUGCAAAAUGUAAAACUAAAAUGAAAAUAUUGUACGUCAUUGACCGUCUAACGAGAGUGGUGUUCUUCAUUUUCAUUGCGUGGAUGAUCUUGAAAGUUUUCAAUUUGGUCUUUCAAAUUAAUAAUGAUAAACCUGUUCGAAUUUAACGUGUCGAGCUUGUGAUAAUUAAGGUUACCUAUUGCUGUUAAAGUAUACUGCGUCGUAAUUUCGCGCACUUGCGUACUUAAAUGUGAUCGAGUUCACGUACUUUUCAUUUUUUAAUAGACAUUUUAUUGACAUUUUCCAAAUUGAGUCUAGGUCUAGUUACAAAACGUGUAUAAUAAAAAUAUUUAUGUUUUUUUUUCUGCUGAAAAUCUACACUCUACUUGAAUGAAAAAGUAUUAGGUCUACUGUAAAGUACCUGUAGCUUCUUUCUAUAUAAUUAUCUACGUUUAAUGAUUCUCAUGACAAAAUAUGAUUAUAUGCUUGGCUUGUGUUACGUGAAUGGUGUAAGAAUUAUAAGAAUACAAUUUUACUUUCAAAUUCACGAUGCAUCAAAAGUGCAAAAGUGAUAUACCUACUGUGUAUUAGUUUAUCACUCGUACGCUAAAGCUGUUUCUUAGAAUAAUUUGUUAUUCAUUUCUCAUAAACACGAAUGAUUUAUUUAUCUUCUUAUGAAAGUGCAAAUCCGAGGCGUCCGAGAUGUUUAUCGUGAGCGUGUUUAAUACCUAUACGUAUUCAAGAUAACGUCUUUCAAUUACCUGCUUAGAUUGUGUGAUCUAUGAAAUGUUCAAAGAAUGAAAAUAGGUCUUCGAAAUUUGGAUCAUAUAUUCUUACAGUUUAAAAAAUUCAUUUUAUUCAGUUCGUGUUGAGAAAACAUCGUAGACAGGUACUAAAUUAUGGAAAUUUUGUCAAAAUUGUAAUUUUUUUCCCUCACAUUAAGUAACAAACAAACAUGAUAACAACGACCAUGAUCGAAGGAGAGCAUUGAAAAUUUGAGUGCUGAGAUGCCCACGACAUAAAGUAUUGAAUCCAUUUUUGUUCUCAAUUAAAUUUCAAACAUUAGGUACAGCUGACUGUACAGAUUGAAAUUUUGAUUUCAUGAACAUCGAGUCUAACGUGGGAAUAUUUAAAACGUUCGUAAGAAAUAAUAACCUGUUAAGAAGGAGGAAAAGACGGGUACCUAAUCAUUUAGACAACUUAUUCAAGUAAUCGACAGCGGUUCGUGAUCAUAGGUAUUUUCAAGAGCAGAUUGCCAGCUUGUUAUUACGUUAAAGAAGUUGCAUAUUCAUUAUGACUUAAGGCACAGAAUGGAUCAUAAUUUGGCACGAUAUUUUUCAACGUACUAGUUUCUAGAAUCGUAGAAUUUUUGUAUGUUUUGUUUCUUGUUCCAAUUUUAAUGUUAUUUUCAGGCAAUAUGUCACCACAUUUUGAUUAAAAUAGAAUAAAAAACAUCGUGUA